UUCUUCCAUACAUAUUUCAUAGCUGCUCAGCGUGUAUUCUUUUUCCCCCUGUCAAACACAUCUCUUGUAAUUGUUUCUCCUUUCUUCUGCAGUCCUUCUGAAAACCUGCCUGUGAACAAAUUUUCUGACUCCUUCGAUCCUUUUAAUUUCCACUCUUUGUCUUCUCUUAGGUACAGUGGCUACAGCAACAACUCCUGUUCUUCCACGUUACCUCAUUCUGGAUUAAGUACACCUACAACACCCAAUUCUCGCCAUGCUGCAUCGCCACCCGAAGAGGCCAAAAUUGAGAGGCCGUCCUUGGGUGGUCUACUUACAUCGUCGUAUCGGCAGCACCAGGAGUCUUUGGCAGCGGAAAGAGAGAGGCGACGUCAGGAGAGGGAGGAAAGGCUGCAAAGGAUAGAGCGGGAAGAAAGAAACAAGUUCAAAUACAAAUACUUGGAGAAAUUGGCAGCCGAAGAGUACGAGAAGGAGCUGAGAAGUCGGAGUUUAUGUCGGGGCAAGAGUGACUUGUCCUUGAACUUGGGCUCUUCUUCAGUCCCAACCUCUCCCAUUCCGACAUCUGCGAGCCCCACUUCAACAGAUUCUCAGGAGGAGCCCAAGUCCCCUGUGACAACUCGCAGGGCAUCUCAGAUCUCAGAAGUGAGUGCCAGUGAACCUGAAUGUGAACCAGAACCUGAGCCAGAGGCAGAAACAAAAAGAGAGCAGGAAGACGGGGCAGACUUGGAGCAGGGGGCAGAAACACCCCAAGAAGUAGAGAUUGCAGAGGUGGAGCCAGGAAGCGGAGUGGCGCAAGGUCCAGAGCAAGAGGCAGAAGAAGGUGCAAUACUAAGUGAAAAAGAGAGGCAGAAUGAAGAAGUGAAUGAAAAAGACAAUUGUUCUGCAUCCAGCAUUUCCUCAGCAAGCAGCACUUUAGAGAGGGAGGAAAGGGAGGAAAAGUUGGCCAGUGACAAUGAAACUGGUCCAUGGUUACAGACCAUUCAAGAUGUUGGUGUGAAUGACCAGUGCAGCAACAUUCUCAAUAACAAGAGGUUCAUGUUGGACAUGUUGUAUGCCCAUAACAAGAAGCCCAAGGAUGAAGAAGAUAAAGAGCUGGAGGAGAAGGAGGAGGAAAAGGAGACGGUGGAGGCAAGUGAAGACUCUAUCACUAGCCUGGCCAGUAGGAUCUCAGUUCUGAAGGCUACCAAACAGGCCAAAGAUGAAAGUGUCAAAAGAAUGGAGAUUGGGAGUUUGGACAACCAGGGCAGCGUCAAGGCCUUUGCAGAAAGAUUCAACAAUGGUGAACUGGCCAAGACCUCCAACUUUCCUGAGAGUGAUUUUAGUGAAAAGGUCUCUGAAAAAACACCAGUGCAGCCUAAGAAGGAAUCUGACUAUAUCUGGGACCAGCUCAUGGCCAAUCCCAGAGAACUGAAAAUCAAAGAUAUGGAUUUUACAGAUUUAAGGGAUGAGGAUGAUGUGGACAUCUUGGACGUGGAAAUGGGUCCUGGUGACUCCUUAGCUCCCCCUCCUCCACCCCCACCUUCCUUUUUAGGUUUGCCUCCUCCACCCCCUCCCUUGUUUUAUGGGUGUCCUCCUCCACCCCCACCCUCUGGUAAUUUAUUGGCACCCCCGUCCCUCUUUGGCAUUCCUCAGGGUUUAGGAUCGCCCCCGCUUCCCAGAGGUCAGCCAGCCUUUAUAAAAAAGAAAAAAACAAUCCGUCUAUUUUGGAAUGAGGUGAGGCCAUUUGAGUGGCAGUGUAAGAACAACAAGCGCUGCAAAGGAUUCCUGUGGUCAAAACUGGAGCCUAUUAAGGUGGACACUUCCAAACUAGAGCACCUCUUCGAAUCUAAAUCCAAGGAGCUUCCUGUCACCAAGAAAACCGCUGCAGAUGGCAAGAGGCAGGAAAUCAUUGUGUUGGAUUCGAAGAGGAGCAACGCUAUUAAUAUUGGCCUGACAGUACUGCCCCCUCCAAGGACGAUCAAGACUGCAAUUUUGAACUUUGAUGAAUAUGCCUUAAACAAGGAAGGAAUUGAGAAAAUUCUCACCAUGAUUCCCACAGAAGAGGAGAAGCAGAAAAUUCAGGAGGCUCAGCUAGCCAACCCUGAUAUUCCUCUGGGCAGCGCUGAGCAGUUCCUUCUGACUCUUUCUUCCAUCACUGAACUUUCUCCUAGACUUCAGCUCUGGGCAUUCAAAAUGGAUUAUGAGCUUGUGGAAAAGGAGGUUGCAGAACCACUUUUGGAUUUGAAGGAAGGAAUGGACCAGCUUGAAAACAACAAAACUUUGGGAUUUAUCCUUUCUACUCUACUAGCCAUUGGAAAUUUUCUCAAUGGAACCAAUGCCAAAGCCUUUGAACUGAGCUACCUCGAGAAAGUUCCAGAAGUCAAAGAUACAGUGCAUAAGCAGUCUCUCCUUCAUCACGUCUGUACGAUAGUGGUGGAAAAAUUCCCAGACAGCACGGACCUUUAUUCUGAGAUUGGGGCCAUCACGAGGUCAGCCAAGGUUGACUUUGAACAACUUCGGGACAACUUAUGUCAGAUGGAGAAACGGUGCAAAGCAUCAUGGGAUCACCUGAAGGCCAUAGCAAAGCAUGAAAUGAAGCCAACUCUAAAGCAAAAGAUGUCUGAGUUCCUUAAAGACUGUGCAGAAAGAAUAAUAAUUUUAAAAAUUGUCCACAGAAGAAUAAUUAACAGGUUCCACUCCUUCUUGUUAUUUAUGGGAUACCCGCCUUACGCAAUCCGCGAAGUCAACAUCAAUAAGUUCUGCAAAAUUAUUAGUGAGUUUGCCCUGGAGUAUCGCACCACGAGGGAGCGAGUUUUGCAACAGAAGCAGAAACGAGCCAACCACAGAGAAAGAAACAAAACCAGAGGGAAAAUGAUCACGGAUGUAAGUGGUGAAGUAAAAUCUCAUUCAGCAAAAACUGGGAAAUUCUGUAGCAGCAGCAGCUCUCCUCCACCUCAGAACCAACCGCAGGGGCUACAAUAUGCGGAAGAUGCAGUGGAACAUGAGAAUAUGAAGGCCGUCUUGAAGACUUCCUCGCCAAGUGGGGAGAACACCACCGUGCUAGGAGUGCGCACCCGAAGUCGGGCAAGUCGAGGUCGCGUUGGCUCGUGGAACGCUGGCAAUGAUGAUUCACCUAACGCUACAGAUGAUGCAGCAGACGAGAUCAUGGAUCGCAUUGUCAAGUCUGCCACACAAGUGCCAAGUCAGCGAGCAGUGCCUAGGGAAAGGAAGCGGUCAAGAGCAAACAGGAAGUCAUUAAGGAGGACACUUAAGAGCGGACUGACACCAGAAGAAGCCAAAGCACUGGGUCUGAUGGGCACUUCAGAGAUGCAGGUGUGAUAACAGCAUCCGUGUCAACUCCAAGAAGAGUCGUUGUCAUAUGCAGGCACAGGCACACAGGCUGCCAACAGUCUUUCAGUUUAGCAUUCUCCAGUCGGUUCCAUUUGCUGCUUUCCCCAUCAUCUUUUAGAUUCAUUUUCAUAAUAUUGAAGGAGGUUUUUAAAAAAGGCAACACAAAGGGCUAUAAUAAAAAGAAGUGUGUAACAGACCAGUAAAAUUAAGUCAGGGCUGUGGGGGAAGAGGUGAUGUGGAAAUUGCCUAAUGCUGUUCUGUCUUGUUCAUGCUGCAUUGAUGUGGUCUCUAAGAAGGUUUUCCGUAUUUUGUAUUUUGUGAAAGGUGUUUAUGUUCAUUUUCCUCGUGACCUUUUGUAAUAAUUGUAAAGUACUAUAUUUUGUCAGUUCGAGGGCAGUUCUUUAAAUAGGCAAACAAACUUCUGUCACAGUUGCGAUGACCUCUCUGAAGACAAUGUUGUGAAAUAGAAGCAUGCCAUGGAUUUUUAUCUCUCCACCAAAGAAUGUAAAAAUGUAUGUCUACUUGUGUAUAUACCGAGUAUGUGUGUGCAUGUGUGCGUGCACACACAACGUGCACAUGCACGCGCGCACACACACGCCUACCGAGUCCAGGUGCCUUCAACUUUCAAGCAUUUUGUCCUGCAUGAAGGGAAAUCCUUUUUACAGGAACUCAUUCCACUAGGACAUUUUUAUACCAGGACCUCUCACAAACAUGUACAUGCACAUUCAACAUAAUAGCACAGGUGCACAGGGAUAGCACAGAGUACCUCUUGUCACUCAGCUGUAGAGAUGUAUAUAUAAAUUAUAGCAGUAUGCCAGCAACUAGCCGGAGACAAAAGAGGGUUUGCUGUCAAGGUCAAGUAGGAGUUUUGUGCACAUGCAUGGGCUGAUGAGGCUAUUUUCUUAAUCUGAUGUAGUAAAGCAUAACUCUGUCAAGCUCACUGGAUGAAUUAUACAAAGGUCCUGCUACACUCCUUUCCGGUUACAUUUUCAACACCACCACAAACCAUGUAAACAACAACGGAGAACGCAAGACAACAGGGAAUAGAGACAGUUUCUGGCCUUGCACAUGGAAACUGACCCCCAUCCCCCAAAAUGAUGGGGAUAUUUGAACAUCCAGAGACUUCCUUUCCGAAGUGUACAGAAUGUAGUUUAAAGAAUGUACUUGAGAGAGGUUUCUUCUGCUGAUUUCCAUGGCUUUCAUGGAGCAGCUCUUUAGAAACACCCUAUCGUGGAAGUAUUCAAGAAUCAAACACAUUCAGUGUUUCCCCUGUUCUUGAAGACUGGUAUAAAAGGGAACUUUUUACACUUAAACAUACCUCCAAGCUAGUGGUACUAAAGAAGGCAUAAUGAUUGCAUCACUGUUACCAUGCCAGCCAAUGGCUCAACACUUGAAAAACAAACUUGAGAGAAGGUUGUACAUCAUUCUGGCGGAUUCCAGUCACAGCCUUUACGCAGAAAGCCAAAUAUACUGGCCAUACAACUAUAAGAAAAGAGUGUGAGAAAUUGCAUCUGUACGUUACUUCUCUCACUCAACUGCUGGAUUUCGUCCCAUGAGUUACUGUUGCUAUUAACUUUGACCUUGCCCCUCUAAGGGGAUGUUUGUCUCUUGUAACAGCUACCGUAGGGCUCCUGGAUAAUGUGUACUCCCUCAAUUUUGACAUACUGUUUAUUUAGCGAUUCUGCAAUGAUGUGGAAGGGUUGUUUUGUUUUUAAUAAACCCAGUCAGUGUGCAUUUUUUACUAAAGAGGGAAAGGCAUUGGCCAGUAAACUGAAGGAAAUUGAAUGUAUUUCAUCAAUAUUUCAUUUAUUUCAGGAGAAUGAGGUUAGUCUCUGGCAGAGGAGUUCCUAAAUCCUUGCUGUCAAAAGCAUACCCCCCACCACCUAUAUCAAAGGAUCUUCUUCCAUAAUAAAGUAGUAAGUUAUUGCAGAUUUCCAAAAUGGUUUGAGAAAUGACCUGAAACACAGCUGGUAAACUGGUUGAAAUGCUCAGGCACAAAAACAAUAAUUAUGUUUCCAAUUGCUACAGAUCUUAUGCUCUAGAAGAGCACACACAGUCAUUUUACAUUAACCAGGAUUUUUUUUUGGGGGGGGACCAUCCUAAAUGGUUGCAUUUACCUGUCUGCAUAACAACAUCCAUUUGGCCAUUUUUAUGAUUACUGAGAUUUAUACCUACUUUUCAGUCAAAUUCCCAGUGUAGCUUAUGAAAUUUCAUUUCUUAAGAGGCACUCUUGUCAUAAGCACUUCUGGUACUUAUUGAGCCAGAACAUAUUAGGAUUAUACAAAGAUACAUAUAUAUAUAUUUUCUAGAGAGCAGGGGUGAGAGGUCCUGCUUCCCUGUUCCUGUAAAAUAUGGUGUCCUUAACUGCCUACUAGUUAGAUAGUAGCCCAGUACUCCAAAAAAGCACAUUUUAUACAUGACAGCAAACAAAUGUACAACUGGUCCUUCAAGGAUUGCCAUGUUGCUCUUUUUAUUUACCAUUGGCAAAUAAAACCCUCUCAGAUAUUUCGCCAGAAUAGUUUUAUAAUGCCAGUGGAGUUGUCCCACAGGAAAUGUUUUCUAGGUUGCUGGUAUGAGUUGGGAUCCAAACGGCCACUUGAGCUCACGCACAAGGAUUUCACUGGCCCAACCAGAGUCGUGUCAUUCUCUUUGAAAAUCCAGUAUCUAUCCCAAACAACCAUCUGUUUUGAAACUACUGUUUCCAAAACAGUUUGCAAUGCAAAAUAGUGGUGGGCCGGCCUUCUUUUUGUAUGGAAACACUAACAUAUACCAAUCCAGGAGCUCGUGAAACGAGUUUCAUUGAAUCCUCACUACGAUCACCCAUUUAUUAAAAGUUUGGCCAUAGGUACUCAUCUGGGAUUGACAGAUCUCCUCCUGUGUUCCGAAUGAAAUGUGCUCAUGAUUCUAGUUUGCAUGCAAGAAAGAGACACCACCAAGGGAACCUAUACCUUCGUUUUGUUUGCCUUGAAGGUUUUCAGUAAUGUACUCCAGUUCUCUCUUGCUGCCAAGGGACUGUUCACACAUCUGCAUGAUGUUAUGCUGUUCCUUUGAUAAGGACAUAGACAGAUACUAGCAUUUAUCAGGUGCUGCCAAAAAAUCUAGUUGUUUCAAGGCUUUGAAAGUGAACAAUAUCCAAGUCAAUCCUAUCUUCAAACUGAAGGAUAAUCGUCAGUGGCAACAGUACAUUUCAAGCGCAGUAGCUUCUGAGACAUGCAGCAGAAACGCCCAAAGGAAUUCCAUGCAACAUGCUUCAAAACGUAAUAUCACAGCAGAACCUACAUUUUUCACUCACCGCUGCUUUGUUGGUUCAAACAUCUACAUAACAGAUUUCAGAUGUUAUGUAACAAGGGAAUAUACUUGUCCGCUGAGCCCUACCUGUCAUUUUCCCACAAGCCUUAAUAAUUGUUUUCUUGAGUUCAAAAAGAGCUCUCAGCUAAAAAUGGCAAUGCAAAGAAUUCCUCAGCAUGAAUAGUGUAACAUUCGAAAAAAUGCACCAAAAGUAACCAUGCAGUUUUCUUUAGAAGCAAUGUCUAUUUUGAAGUCACAUGGUUCAGUCUCCCCUCCUAUUCUGAAUGUUGGUUGUAGUUGGUGAAAAGCAAAAAUGUUGAGGGUGUGGCAUGUGGGAUGCUUCAGGUCACAGUGCAAAGCCUGGCAACAUGAUCAAGGCUAUCCACUGCCUUUAACUCAUACAGCAUUCUGCAGAGUUCAUUCUUCAAAAACCUUGCUAGCUCUUACUAACUUCAGCUGAACUUACUAACUUCUGACCCCCAUUUAUUAAAAAAUGUUUUCAGUCGAUGGCCUUGAAAGGAAUUGCUUUAGGUUGAAUAUUUGCAGCUCUCCCCAUCCCCAUGUGCACUUUUCAUUCGUCCAUCAACUCAAAGGUUUUCUAGAAAGCCCUACUCAGGCAAUUAUUUUCCAGGAAUGCAAAUACCAUUUUAGAUUUGUAAACUGAUGCAGUCCUGUUGCCGGACGCAAGAACAUGGCAAGUAACAUGCACAGUGCAAGCCUAUAUAUGUCUUCUCAGAUGUAAGCCCCUUUGAAUUCAAUGGACUUACUCCCCGGUAAGUGUGUUUAGGCUGGCAGCCUAGGUGGGUCAGGUUUCUUAGUUUUCUAUAUAUAUUGUUGCUAGUAAUAUUCAGGGAAAGUCAUGUAACGUUAAUGAGACUUGGAUUUUGGACACGAUCCACUAGGAAGUUCUCCUGUGCAAGUUCCAUUUGAGUGCUCUUUCCCAGGCAUUUCAGGAGCACAUUCAUUUGUGCAGGAGAGUCUUGCGGUGAAUUCCCUAUCCAGUCUUCUACACCUUUCAAAUAGUUUUGGAUUCCUCCAUCCAGAGUGUAAAGCAAAAGAUUGCACUUUCACAAAUAGCCUCCUUAUUCUGUAAAGCACAGAGAGCUUUGUGUUUUCCUGGUCAAAAUGAAGCAUUUCUUUAUUAGACGUUGUAGUAAAAAUAAUUUCCACAUUCAUCAAUUAAUGUGAAGUGGGGGUGGGGUUCACAUGUAGUUACUUAACAAUUCACUUAGAUACAUGACUAAUUCAAAGGAGCAUUCUAAAGACUAUAAUUUACACACAUGCAAGGGGAGAAAUCCUUUAAUUUUGAAAUACUUUACUUUGCUACCUAAAGCAUAGGUAUGGAUGGCUUACAACUAUCCAUCACUAAGUUUUAACAGCUGUGAAAUACAAGAUUUUUUUGUGAAUGAAGAAGCCCAUUUGUGAUGUUGGGUUACAUUUCCCUUUUCAAAGGACUGUCUUUGGACUUCUUGUGUCUUUUCUGUGAACUGGGAAUUUAAAAAAGAUAUAGUUCUAAAGUAGAAAAGGACACGUUUCUAGACAAAGAAUUAUUGUAAAAAUGUGUAAAUGUGACUAGACUUUGUUUUGUGUGUAGCAUAGUGUAAAAUAAGCUUUUUUCCCAGCAGUGUUAUUCUAUGAAUUGUAAUUUAAGAACAAGCCAUGCAUGGUCAAAUAUAUAUCCUGCAGGGAACACACACGCACACCAUUGUUCAUUUUGUUGUUUUCCUGGCUGUAGGCAAAGACCUGUAAAAUGUUGAAUUUAAUAUUGCAUCCUCACAGUUUUACUUAAUGAAGAACUUGAAUUAACUCCCUCCCCCCCCCCAAAAAAAAAUUCCUGGAUCCCAGCACACUGAUAAUUUGUCGCAAUCUUCAUCCAGUUUUGGCACUACAUUGAGUAUAACAAGAGUUUCCUUUUAAAAAUACUCAACACCUUUCUCUGCUCCCAAAUUACUCUUCUGUUUUAGAUUUAAAAAGUUUGUGCCAUGCAGGCUUAGAAUAUUGACCAUUGACCUGUGCCCAGAAAUCUCUGAUAUAAUUUUAAAGUUCACUUCUACCGCAUUAUGUAAACACAUCAUGCAAUAAAGCUUUCUAAUGCA